AAAGCCGCGCCGCCCGCCGGUCGCAGGCACUGCUGAUGCCGGGCGUUCCCCGCCCCCUCUCUUUGGGUUUCCCCUAAAUGAAGGCGGGCGACUAGCGCGCAGCCGGGCCGUUCCCCAAAUAAGGCAUCCCCAUCCCCCACCGAUCGUGUUCCCUACGUGGGCUGGACGCACCACCCGCACACCGCGGUCCCCCUGCGGCGCCCAGCCUCGGCGUAGCAUCCCGGUCUCGGUCCCUGUCCCUGCCCUGUCGCCCCACCGCUGGAGCGGUGACCGCCGGUCCCGCCGUUCCUCCGCUGCCACCGCUGCCGGCACCAUGGGCAGUGAGCAGAGCUCCGAGGCCGAGAGCCGACCCAACGAUCUGAACUCCUCAGUGACUCCUUCUCCAGCUAAGCAUAGAGCCAAGAUGGAUGACAUCGUGGUCGUAGCUCAGGGCUCCCAGGCCUCACGGAACGUCAGCAACGAUCCUGAUGUCAUCAAGUUGCAAGAGAUUCCAACCUUCCAACCACUUUUGAAAGGGCUACUGAGUGGCCAGACUUCCCUCACAAAUACCAAACUGGAGAAACUGGAUUCCCAGCAGGUAUUACAGCUCUGCCUCCGGUAUCAGGAUCACCUCCAUCAGUGUGCAGAGGCCGUGGCUUUUGAUCAGAAUGCUUUGGUUAAACGAAUCAAAGAGAUGGAUCUGUCUGUAGAAACUCUCUUCAGCUUCAUGCAAGAGCGCCAGAAAAGAUACGCCAAAUACGCGGAGCAGAUCCAGAAGGUCAACGAGAUGUCCGCCAUCCUCCGCCGCAUACAGAUGGGCAUAGACCAGACGGUGCCCCUGCUGGACAGGCUCAACAGCAUGCUGCCCGAGGGCGAGAGGCUGGAGCCCUUCAGCAUGAAACCAGAGCGGGAGCUCGCUCUCUAGUGGUGCGUGUCGCCUGCUGCCCGGCUGUCGGCUGUCCUGCUGUGGGGACAGCCUGGCCCCACCACCACUACCCUGAGGACGUUGGGAACUCAAGUCAUGUAAUGCGCCCGGGCUCGCAGCUGGUUGAAGGGGAUGUGAAGUAGUCGGCUGGCCUGAACACCUGACUUAGCCUGUCUCCCCCUUGCCCUGAGGCAUUUUCUCUUUGCAGAAUUAACCAAACUAAUUCUCAGUGAUCACUGAAGUUGGAAUGGUUGAAUUAUUAGGAAAUCGUUAAAGAACUCUGCAUUGGGAAUUAUUUUUGUUUUGUUUAGAUUUUUUAAAAAUGGAGUGUAUAUUAUCUAGUCUAGCUUUGGAAGCGAAAAUAUGGAGAGAAGGGGAGAAAUAUUUUAAGCUCCGUGUCCUUGAUGCCUUCCUGAAAUUUUACUCAGUAGGCUCUCUGGGUUGUAGGUUGUAAACAUAAAGAACUAAUUUAAUCCAGGUCUCCGUGUUGUUACUGUUGCUACCCUGUUUCCAUCCUGGCAGCUCUUUAUCUGGGGCACUCUUCCUGCCCUGGGGAAACCCUGGUAUUUCUGUUGUGUGCCAGGGUAUGUUGUCCCUCAUAUGUUGUCAUAGGAAACCCAAGACUCCUUUCUACAUCCCCAUUGGGUUCAUCUCCCACUGAUAAUGGGUGUCCCUGAUGGCACAGUUUAGGUUUCUUUUUAUUACAUCAGCACUGGCAGGGCUCCAAUUUUUGUAAUGAGGUUUUUAGCCAGCAUUUGUUUUACUGGCCUGGUAAACUUGUGGUGCGGCCAGGCUUUUGACAGCAGACCACAGAGAGCACUCACUCAGCAGGCAUUUAUGGAGCCCCUGCGAUAAGCCAGACAUUGUGCCGGGGAUACAGAAAUGGCGACAGAGUCUCCCUGGCCUUCUAUUCUGAAGAGAAUAAACUCAAAAUGCUGCUGAAUUUCUAUGGGAUUUUAGGAAAUGAAGCAAUUUGAGUAACCACAGAAGUACUACAUGCAGUACUUUGCACAUCAUAAAUGUGCUAAUGGAAGAAAAGACUGAAGAAGCAACGACGAAAUGGAAUGUAGGAACAGAUCCAGGCCGGGAAAUUGAAACUGAGAGUAGGGAUGAAGGAAGUCACUGACUGGGGCAGAAUAUCGUGCAGGUCUCCACCGUGCGUUUAUUUCUCCAAAGCUCAGGGCUGGUUUUUUUUGUUUGUUUGUUUGUUUGUUUUUAUGUCAGAAACAGCCUUUGGUAUAUUUGUAAGAUUAAAAUCGAUCCCAUUUAACUUAGCACAUCUCAGGUAAAUUUUAUCUGCUUUGUGGAUUUUUACAUUUUUAAAAUCUUGGAUUUUAAUCAGAUACUACUAUCUUGUAAGGUGCGUACAACCCAGAAUAAAAUGUAGGACAUAAAGCAACUGGAUGACAGGAGAAACAUGAAUAUUCCAAGUUAAAUGGAAAGAAAAAAAAUUUUUUUUUAAAUGAGACAUAGGAAAAAACCAACAGCUUCUAGGAUUUUCUAAGGACCAAAAAAAUAUUAAGAUUGUUCAUUCCCUCUGAGCUGGAAAGACAAGUUGGAAACCAGAGCCCAGGGAAGAGGUCAAGGCAGCAGCUGCCUUUUUCCCAGGGCAACCUUCAGCUCCCAUUUCUGCCUUCCUGGGUGGGCGCUGAUGCCUUCCUCCCUCACCCCCCCCAAACCCCCCCACCUUACCCCUGUUAGUAAGGUGGGGUAGAGACAUCUGACUAAAGAGAUCACGUGGUCUGAGGAAGCCAUGGAGGAACUGGAAGCAGUGAGCUGGGAGUGGGGAGCUAUACCUUUCUCCUUUGUUGGGCCACACUGUUGAAAGAAGUUUGUCUUUAUGAGGCCUUUGGAGGGUCAGGAUUUUAGUGGGGCGUCAAACGAUUUCUAGAGUACUUCAUUAGAGUACAAAUCAAGAAAGAUGUUCUGUAACUCAGAAAGGUAUGAAAUGGCCAAGGUCAUUCUAGGAAAUGUCAUGGAGGAGAAAAGAGCAACAUUUAUUGAAUAAUGUAUCUUCCCUCCGUUGAAGCACCCCUUC